AUCAUUGAGCGACUCGACCCUCAACCACACAUUGUCUCUUGUCGUACACACGAGUUUGGUCUUUGGGGUGCACAGCUACCAUUGACUCUGUCAGUGCUUCUCGGUUAUGGCGCCAGGCUUGUUGGUCGAUGAGAGCAGCAGCCCCUGCGCGGCUCCUGAUAUGGGCGUCUCACCACCAAUGAGCAAUCCAACACCAAUUGCAACGACUAAUGGCGGCCGCCGGAGUCGCCGGAGCCCACUUCUCAAACGCAGCGUCAGAAGUCUCCCGCUUUGGCUGAAGAGCGCAAAGGGAAGCUGGCUAGUGGUCACAGAUGGUGUCAAAACGUGGAGGGUGUUUGAUGCUUCUGGGGGAGCUGCAGUAUCCAACAUUGGUCAUGGCGACAGGCGGGUUCACGACGCAAUUAGGGCACAGGAACAGACGGGCGUCGCCUAUGCGGCCUCGAUGAGCUUCGACACGGAGGUGGUAUGGCAGUUUGCAGACCACCUCCUCGAAUCUACAGGGGACGAAAUGGCAGAAGUCGUCUUCUACAGCUCAGGAUCCGAAGCUGCAGAGGCCGCCCAGAAACUGGCCUAUCAGUAUCAGUCGAGGUUGAAGCGGGAACCGCAGCCUGGACGCCGCUGGUUCAUCGCUCGUGACCGAUCGUAUCACGGAGCGACUCUAGGUGCUCUUGCAGUUGGCGGGCACAAGGGACGAAAAGACAUGUACAAGCAGAUUCUGCCUAGCAAUACACAGUUCAUCUCUCCCUGCAAUCCAUACCGGGAUAUGGACGAGGGGGAGACUGUAGUACAGUAUAUAGACCGACUAGCGGAUGAGCUGGACCGCAAGAUUUGUGAGCUAGGCCCUGAGACGGUGGCAGGCUUCUUUAUGGAGCCUGUUGUAGGAGCAGCACUCGGAUGCGUUCCGGCGCUGCCUGGCUAUCUCGCAGCCAUGAAGAAGGUGUGCAAAAAGUACGGAGUGCUUCUCAUCCUGGACGAAAUCAUGUGUGGAAUGGGCCGGACCGGGUACAUGCACGCUUGGCAAGAGGAGGGGGUGGUACCGGAUAUUCAAAUGGUGGGCAAGGGACUGGCGGGUGGCUACGCUCCUAUGUCGGCGCUACUUGUCGGGCCAGAGGUGGUGAACGCUCUUGGGGAUGACUGCUUCGCCCACGGGCAUACGUUCCAGAACUUCCCCGCGGGAUGUGCUGCAGGCCUUGCCGUGCAAAAGAUUGUCGAGGAAGACAAGCUGCUGGACAAUGUCAAGGACAAAGGGGACAAGCUGAUGAAGAAACUGGUGGCGCGUCUUGGGGAUCAUGCUCAUGUUGGAAACAUUCGAGGAGCAGGUCUUUUCCGAGGAAUUGAGUUUGUACGCGACAAGGCGACCAAGACACCCUUUGACUCGGAGGCAGCGGUAGCGUGGAGAAUCCAUGAGCAAGGUCUGAAGGACGGUUACAAUCUCUACGUGUACCCAGGCUCGGGAACAGUGGAUGGAGAGCGCGGAGACCACAUCAUCAUUGCCCCAGCGUUCAACAUUACGGAUGCCGACGUCGACAUGAUUGUGGAGAGGGUGCGGAAGCUCGUGGUUGACUUUUUUGAGGAUUUCAACAAGACGGCCAAAUUGUAGUCGCUCAGGCUAUAUCGACGUCGGGCACGUUUGGCGCAGGGUUGCUCGGGACUAGACUGGACGAUUUUGUUUGGCCUGUUUGUUUCCAUGGCAACAAGUCAUGAGCAUCAUGUGGGCGAGGAUUUUUUGCCUUGGUGUUUUCUUUGUUUUCUCUCGUUGCGUUGCGGUUUGGCCUCCUGGAAGAGAGGGGGAUUUUUGCAAGCGUUCACGAGGCAUUGGGGCAAAAUACGGUGCAUGGGAAUGGCUGUUUGAACACGUCGUGGCGCAUGGACGGGUGGUUUGAGUCGCGUAAUAGUUAUGCUUGGUGGCGCCAUGGUUUCCUGGGGUGAAGGGGAUAGAUAGGGCACAAAUUGACGAGGCGUCGUGUACAGAUUGCGUGAAGCCAGGCGGGCUGUAUGCGUGCGAGAGUCGGAGCAUUGUCGCAGAGGCAGAGGUGGUC